AUGAGCGUGAAGGUAUUCGUGGGCCUUGCCACAGCAUGCAGCGUCUUCGUGAUAAUUACGUCUUUGGUUGCUGUUUGCAUCAUUUAUAAUGACAUUAAUACCUUAUACGAUGAUGUUAUGGAUGAAAUGGGAGAAUUUAAGACUGUAGCAGACGACACAUGGCAAAGGAUAUUGCUGUUGCACAUGCAUCCGUCCGGCAAUUCUGAUGAAACCCCAACCUUCUCAAGCCUUUUUGCAAGAAAUAAUUCGGAUGCGACUAAGGGUACGGUUAUUGCAGAUUGUGGACCUUCCGCAGAAGGAUGCCCAAUGGGUCCACCUGGACCACGAGGAGAGACAGGAGAAAAAGGAACGGAUGGAUAUCCGGGUGGAGACGGACCGCCAGGUCCACCGGCCCUCGUACCAGUGACAACACCUGAACCGCGUGAAUGCAUCAAUUGCCCACCGGGACCAAUUGGACAAGAAGGACCACAAGGAGAAAUGGGAGAAAUUGGACCACCUGGAAAGAUGGGUAUGGAUGGAAGACCAGGAGGACGAGGCAUGCCAGGACAGCAAGGACCACAAGGUGAACCUGGUGAACCAGGACCUGAUGGGACGCCUGGACGGCCAGGUCCUCCAGGUAGAGAUGGUAAACGUGGAACUGGACCACCGGGACCAAAAGGACCAACUGGACCACGUGGACCACCAGGAGCUCCGGGCGAAAAUGGACAAAAAGGUGCUGAUGGAGAACCAGGUGAACAAGGACCAGCUGGCAGAGAUGGUAACGAUGGCAGAAGCGGUGGAGAUGGUAGACCUGGACCGGUUGGAAUUCAAGGUCUACCAGGUCCAGAUGCUCAUUAUUGUCCAUGCCCACCGCGAAGCUCCGUGUUUUUGGCAGUGGCCAAGAAGACAAAGCAUAAGUCGGCUUAA